UCUAAGUGACAAAAUGGCAACUCGUAAAAGCACAACAAAUAUAUUAUUAAAUUCUACUAUACAUUCCACCUCAACUUCUUCAUCACCAUUGCGAAGAAAGUCUAUGCUACCACAAAGUUCAAGCAAUUUUGCUUUAUCAGAGAACAAUGAUGAAGCAGAACGUUUGGCUCGUCGACGUGAAAUUAUUGAUUCUUCAAUGUCAACUCCUAUAAGUUUAAAUGAUAGAAGACGUUCCUUAGGGCUUGGUUUCUUAGUGCAUAUGCCACCUUCUCAAAUGGCAGAACGUAUAUCUCAGUGUAUAAAACUUGGUACAGAGAAUAAAAUUAAUCCAAAAAAUGCAUUCAGUUUAGAAAUGAUUGACUUUAUGACAUAUAUGAUAAAAAAGAAAGAUGCCAAUAUGUCUAAUUUACAAGUAGCUACUACAUCUUUAGAUGUAAGCACUAAAAUUUAUGGAUUUCGUGUUGAUGGUGUACAUAUGGACAUACUCCAAAUGAUUGGUGGAUUAGACAAGCAAAAUAAGAAUAAUGAAAACAAGAGUAAUGUAGAGGAAAUGGAUUGUCAGGAAGGAAUAGAAGAUAGUCAAGAAAAACAAAAACUAGAGAAGAAAAAGAAAAAGAGAAAUAAACAAAGAAUAUUUACUACUGUAGAAGCUUUAAAAAUGAAUGUUGAAACUGAAAAACCUUCUUUAAUAACUAUGGAAGCAGAUUUACAAACUACUGAUAUGUUAUAUCAAGCAAUGUUACCGAAUCAUGCAAAUUCAAAAUUUUAUCCACACCCUUAUAAUGAUAUUUUGGUAGAUACAGUAAACAACAAAGAUAUGCAGGAUGAAAACAUAGUAUUUGAUAUCCCAAAAAUAGGAGAUUUUUCAAAUAUGGAAAUUUGUCCUCCUUUAUUCUAUUUUAAUUUUCAUGGUUGGACUGCAGAUGAUGAACUGAAUGAAGUUAAUGUAGACCAAAGUAAUGAAAAUAGGUUUCAGUUUGAUCUUGAUGCAAGUGUACCACAAGAAGAUGAUUGUAGAUUUACUGGUAAGAAUUAUUUUGAUAUUGAAAUGACAGAAGAAGAAAAUAUAAACAGAUGUGCUAUGGAAUCUAACCAGGUAGAAAAUAUUGUUGAUUUUCGUAAAGUCUUAACUACCACUGUACCAUCAAAAGUUUCAGAAUAUACAUUUAUUCAGAAAAAUUUGAGUAUACAUUGGGCUGGUCCAUCUCAUUGGAAAGUUACUAACUUUAAAAGAGCUUUAUUUAAUAAUAAUGUACAAAAUAAAUUACAUUUGCAACAAGCAAAAAAGAAAAAAGAAAUAGAGUUGUGUUAUGACAAUGAAACAAUCGAAAGGUUAAAUAUUAAAUUUUUACCAAGUCAAGCAGCUAAACUGCUUGCUAGAACUGCUAAAGUAGAAUGGAAUGAAGAAAUAUUGACAUUACCACCAGACAAACAUUAUGAUAUUAUACAAGCUAGCAAAUUAUAUCUUCACUCAACAAUGCUUGAAAAUCCAAGAAAUAAGAGUGCUACUUCUUUAUCUGAUGACAUGGAAAAUUAUAAUUAUACAAAUGAAAAUGAUACAUCAAAUUAUGCUCUCAAUAAAAAUGGUGAAAAUAACAAAGAAAAUGAAGAUGACAUGAUUGUUAAUGGUAUGACAUAUGAGGUUGAGAAUAUGUCAGGAUUGCAGAUGCCUUUUACUGGAGACAAUUUAGUUGCUAUACCCAAACUCACAAAUAAAUUAUCUAUUGGAUACAGUAUACGUCCUAAAAAAAUUGACAUGAGACAAUUAAAAUAUUCUAUUUGGAAAUGUUUAAAAGAUGAAACAGAUGAGAAUGUAGAAGAACCAGUGACUAAAAAAGCAAUGCGACAAGAUAUAGAUAAAAUAAAUGGCAAUAAACAUUUCACUGAUAUCUAUAAUAAGUUGCCAAGAAUAUUAACUAAAACUAAUAUUGAAGCUUUAAGUUUUCCAAUUUCUUUUGUAUCUCUAUUGCAUUUAGCUAAUGAAAAAACAUUAAAAAUAAAUUCUUCUUGUGACAUGACAGAUCUUAUUAUAGAACAAAAUUAA